AUGUCACAAUAUAAAAAAAUCCAGCAAUUAAAUGAUACAGAAUUACAAAAUAAUAUUUUGUCUAUUGAGAAAUCGUGGCACUACAACUACAUCGAUUAUGGAUAUAUUUUUAUUGGUAAUCUGAAUAAAAAUUUAACUGAAGGUGAUAUUCUCACUGUGUUUUCACAAUUCGGUAAUCCAAUUGAUUUGAAAUUAAUUAGGAAUAAACAGACUAAUCAUUCAAUGGGGUUUGCUUAUUUAAAAUAUGAAGAUUCAAGGUCUUGUAUUUUAGCUAUUGAUAAUUUAAAUGGCUCGAAAGUUGCUGGAAAUACCCUUAAAAUUGAUCAUUUUUGGCAUGACCCUAAUAAAAAUAAAAACGAUGAAGAAUAUUAUCAAGAUUAUGUAAAAUUGGUUAAAGAAGAACUAAAAAGAGAUUUUAUAUAG